GGACUGUCAUCCAUCCAUCCAUCCAUCCAGCCUCCCAGGGGGGAUCAUGCCCGAGCAUGAGCGUCUUCUCCUCUCCUCCUCUCCCCCCUCCACGAUGUUAUGUAUGUGUGUUGUCGUCGAUUGCUCAUCUACUAAGUAGUACCACCAUCUAGGUACCCUACCAGAGAGAAAAAUGCGGAGAACGGACAUCCCGAUUAGAUUCCUCACCAUCGAUAAUAAUGAGGAUCUUCGCCCAUUCUUGAGCUCUGCUGCUUGUCUGGAGGUAAUCCGUAAUCCGCACAGUGUGGAUGGAGAUACUCCGUACAGCCAGAUACCAAUACCGAUACAGAGCCGACGGUACUGUACGACUUGCAAAUGGCCUUCCUCCUACCACUUCUGUUUCAGUUUCUGAUUUCUCUAUCUCGGAGACCGCGAAAGAUCUGGCCCUGCCGACCGCGCGUGGAAUUGCCAGAAAGACCGAGGACCAGAGAGAGAGAGAUACUAGGUCGUGGUCGUAUAGCACUUACUCGUAGUAGUGUGUAUCUGAUGCCCUGGAAAUUUCC